AUGGCACAGGCGCUGCAAGGAGGGGACGGCAUGAUGGGCGGGUUCCCGCUAGAGCAGUGGUUCUACGAGAUGCCCGUCUGCACCCGGUGGUGGAUGACGGCGGCGCUGAGUGCCUCUGUUCUGGUGCAAUGCCAAAUCAUCUCGCCGUUCCAGCUCUUCUACAGCGUACGGGCUGUGUUCUUUAGGAGCCAGUACUGGCGUCUUCUGACAACAUUCUUCUACUUUGGCCCGCUGUCUCUCGAUCUCCUCUAUCACAUCUUCUUCCUCCAGCGAUACUCUCGCCUCCUCGAAGAGAGCUCCGGCCGCUCGCCUGCGCACUUCUCAUGGCUCCUUACCUUUGCGUCGACAUUGCUGUUGUGCAUAGCACCCAUUUUCAGCAUGGCAUUCCUGGGGUCGGCGCUGUCCAGCACGCUCAUUUACAUCUGGAGCCGCAAGAACCCGGACACCAUGCUCAGCUUCCUGGGACUGCUCGUGUUCAAGGCGCCAUACUUGCCUUGGGUUCUGCUAGGCUUCAGCGUCGUCAUGCACGGUACUGUGCCAAAAGACGAGAUGUGUGGUAUCGUUGUUGGCCACAUCUGGUAUUACUUCAAUGACAUCUUCCCGCCUCUCCACAACGGCCGCAGCCCCCUUGACCCUCCAGCAUGGUGGCUUCGCCUUUUUAACGGCGCCGCGGCACCUACAGAAGUGACACAAGAGGAUGAUGCAACAGAUCAUGAGCGGGACCCCAACGAGGCCAUACCAGACGCAGUUCCGGCAUAG